GCGGUCAGCCAAAUAUCUGAUUCUCUGAUAUUUGAGAAACACAACCUCAACCUUCGUCUACCAUGCAAUUCGUUCUGGGAUCGACUCAACAACGACAACACCUCCAGAUAGACCGAUAAGUGUAGGCCUUGCUCAAAGUUGUUAUAUUCGGCAAUGAACCAGAGAAUGGCAUCUAUAACUCAAGCCCUGUCCAUGAUGUCUACUAAUGCUGUUCCCAGACUCCAUUUCCGAUCCCUGAACUUGUUAAAAAGCUCAAAGUCAGUACAUUUACACGGUUGCCCUCACAUUCAGAUAAAAAGUCCCCUUGUUUGCUGCACAAAACUGUCUUCCUGGGAUCCCUCAUCUGAAACAUACUCCCCCACGGACAGUGGCAGUGAUAACUUUUUGACAAAAACUUCUAACAUAUUUGAAAACCUUUCCUCUGCUUGCACUGCUGAAGCACCAGGUACCAACACUGAAACCUCUGCUAGCACUGCUGAAGCACCAGGUACCAACACUGAAACGCUAAAUGGCGCAAGUAAUCUGACAGGAACAGAGCUUCAGGUCCUCAAAUGGCCAAUGUGGCUUCUGGGCCCUUCUCUUCUCCUCCUCACAGGCAUGUUGCCAACACUGUGGCUACCGAUAUCUUCCGUAUUUCUUGGCCCCAACAUAGCAAGCCUGCUUUCUUUGGUCGGACUUGAUUGCAUUUUCAAUCUUGGUGUAACCCUUUUUCUCCUCAUGGCUGAUUCAAUUGCCCGGCCUAAACGUGCAGCACAAGCCUGUAGAAGCAAGCCUCCCUUAAGCUACAAGUUUUGGAAUAUAGUUGCAACUGUGACUGGAUUUGUCAUUCCCCUGAUGAUGGCUUGUGGAUCGCAACAGGGUUUCCUCCAACCCCAGUUGCCUCCCAUCUCAUUUGCAGUUCUAUUGGGUCCCUAUCUUCUGCUUAUCGCAGUACAGAUUCUGACUGAGAUGCUGACUUGGCAUUGGCAGUCACCAGUUUGGCUGGUAACCCCUGUUGUUUAUGAAGGUUACCGUUUGUUGCAGCUGAUGAGAGGAUUGAAGCUUGGAACUGAAAUCAUGGCACCAGCAUGGAUGAUGCAUACAAUUAGAGGACUGGUAUCUUGGUGGGUUCUGAUUCUUGGUAUGCAGUUGAUGAGGGUUGCUUGGUUUGCAGGCUUCGCUAGUCGAUAUCGUCAGCAACCUCCCCCUCCUGGUGAAAAUUAGUACUUCUGUUUCUUUGAAUAUUGUUUGUUUUUGUAGGUGAAGAAAUAUGUGGUUUAAUAACCCUAUUCUUUACUUAAAUUAUGAAUGUACAUGAACUUUAUAUGUCAGAACUAUCUAGAAAUAUACUGGAAAGAGAUGUCUUCUUGUGUU